GGAGGGCCAAACAUGUGGGCUAUUACCUCUGAAGAACGGACUAAGCAUGACAAGCAAUUUGAUAACCUCAAACCCUCAGGAGGUUACAUAACAGGUACUAUACUAAAUGCACUAUCUCCUUUAACCUUCACAACAAGCCGGUGACGUUGCCCUGUCGUUGUCUGUAUUUAAAGAUGAUAGAACUGAGACUUUGAGGUGUUCUGUAACUUGCCAAGAGAUGGUUAGUGGUGAUCUGGGCUUGGAAACCUUUCAGUCUGACUUUCGAGUCCAUCCUCUUAAACAUUAUAGUUUAAUGUUAUUUGCACUUCAGUAAUAAAAACUACCUUACCUGGUAUCCGGGUUGGGAUUUGAUUACCCUACUUACAAGGUAAUAAUUUGGUCUGUUACUGUCUCAUGGAUGCUGGCAGAAGACCCAGAAUUCCUGAGUCAGAGACCAAGGACACUCUUUCUAAUGGCACAGCUGGUAGCAUGAGCACCGGCAUAUUUCUGUCCAUUUCCCUCGUCCCCUGAGUCACAUAGGGGCCAGGCAGAGGGGCCAGAAGGAUGCUGCACAUGCGGUGGUUGUGUUAUAGAAGAGGAACACUGGGCUUCAGGGAACCCACCAUUUUUCAGCAAGCAGUGAUCAAGCACGUACCUUUUUCUUACAGUCAGGCCUGCCAGCUCCUGUUUUAGCUGAAAUAUGGGCUUUGUCAGACCUGAACAAGGAUGGGAAGAUGGAUCAGCAAGAGUUCUCCAUAGCUAUGAAACUCAUCAAACUAAAGCUUCAAGGCCAACAGUUGCCCGUGGUUCUUCCCCCUAUUAUGAAACAACCUCCUAUGUUCUCUCCAUUAAUUUCUGCUCGUUUUGGAAUGGGAAGCAUGCCCAAUCUGUCCCUUCCUCAGUCAUUGCCUCCGGUCGCACACAUAGCAACUCCCUUGUCCUCUGCGACUUCAGGGACCACCCGUCCUCCCCUAAUGAUGCCUGCUCCCCUAGUGCCUUCUGUUAGCACUUCAUCAUUACCAAAUGGAACCGCCAGUCUCAUUCAGCCUUUAUCCAUUCCUUAUUCUUCUUCAACAUUGCCUCAUACGUCGUCUUACAGUCUGAUGAUGGGAGGAUUUGGUGGUGCUAGUAUACAGAAAGCCCAGUCUCUGAUUGAUUUAGGAUCCAGUAGCUCAACUUCCUCAACUGCUUCCCUCUCAGGGAACUCACCCAAGACUGGGACCUCAGAGUGGGCAGUUCCUCAGCCUUCAAGAUUAAAAUAUCGGCAAAAAUUUAAUAGUCUUGACAAAAGCAUGAGUGGAUACCUCUCAGGUUUUCAAGCUAGAAAUGCGCUUCUUCAGUCAAACCUUUCUCAAACUCAGCUAGCUACUAUUUGGACUCUGGCUGACAUUGAUGGUGAUGGGCAGCUAAAAGCUGAGGAGUUUAUCCUUGCAAUGCACCUCACUGAUAUGGCCAAAGCUGGACAGCCAUUGCCACUGACUUUACCUCCGGAGCUUGUCCCUCCGUCUUUUAGAGGAGGAAAGCAAAUUGAUUCCAUUAAUGGAACUCUGCCUUCAUAUCAGAAAAUACAAGAAGAGGAACCUCAGAAAAAAUUACCAGUUACGUUCGAGGACAAGCGGAAAGCCAACUAUGAGCGGGGGAACAUGGAACUGGAGAAGCGACGCCAGGCCAUGAUGGAGCAGCAGCAGAGGGAGGCAGAGCGCAAAGCCCAGAAGGAAAAGGAAGAGUGGGAACGGAAACAGAGAGAGUUACAAGAGCAAGAAUGGAAGAAGCAACUGGAAUUAGAAAAACGCUUGGAGAAGCAGAGGGAAUUGGAGAGACAACGGGAGGAAGAAAGGAGAAAAGAGAUAGAAAGACGAGAGGCAGCAAAACAAGAACUUGAAAGACAACGUCGUUUAGAAUGGGAGAGAAUUCGUAGACAGGAGCUUCUCAAUCGAAGGAAUAGAGAACAGGAAGAAAUUGUCAGGUUAAACUCUAAAAAGAAAAGCCUUCAUCUCGAGUUGGAAGCACUGAAUGGCAAACAUCAGCAGAUCUCAAGCAGACUUCAAGACGUCCGACUCAGGAAGCAAACUCAAAAGACUGAGCUGGAAGUUCUGGAUAAGCAGUGUGACCUGGAAAUUAUGGAAAUCAGGCAGCUUCAACAGGAACUUCAGGAAUAUCAAAAUAAGCUUAUCUAUUUGGUGCCAGAGAAGCAAUUAUUAAAUGAAAGAAUUAAAAAUAUGCAGCUCAGUAACACACCUGAUUUAGGAGUCGGUUUACUUCAUAAAAAAUCAUUAGAAAAGGAAGAAUUAUGCCAAAGACUUAAAGAACAAUUAGAUGCUCUUGAAAAAGAAACUGCAUCUAAGCUAUCAGAAAUGGAUUCAUUUAACAAUCAACUAAAGGAACUGAGAGAAAGCUACAAUACACAGCAGUUAGCCCUUGAACAACUUUAUAAGAUCAAACGUGACAAGCUGAGGGAAAUUGAAAGAAAAAGAUUAGAGCUAAUACAGAAAAAGAAACUAGAAGACGAGGCUAUAAGGAAAGCAAAACAAGGAAAAGAAAACUUAUGGAAAGAAAAUCUUAGAAAGGAGGAAGAAGAAAAACAAAAGCGACUCCAAGAAGAAAAAACACAAGAAAAAGUUCAAGAAGUGGAGUGGAAAGCUGAGGAGAAACAAAGUGAGCCAGCCGGUGCUUUGGUAAAUUACAGAGCAUUAUAUUGCUUUGAAGCAAGGAACCAUGACGAAAUGAGUUUUAAUUCUGGGGAUAUAAUACAGGUUGAUGAAAAAACCGUAGGAGAACCUGGUUGGCUUUAUGGUAGUUUUCAAGGAAAUUUUGGCUGGUUUCCAUGCAACUAUGUAGAAAAAAUAACGUCUGAAAAAUCUGUGUCGCCUAAGAAGGCCUUACUUCCUCCUACAGUGUCUUUAUCUGCUACCUCAACUUCUGAAUCACUUUCUUCAAAUCAACCAGCAUCAGUGACUGAUUAUCAAAACGUAUCGUUUUCAAGCCUAACUGUUAACACAUCAUGGCAGAAAAAAUCAGCUUUUACUCGCACUGUGUCCCCUGUAUCUACAUCACCUAUUCACGGACAGGGACAGGUUGUAGAAAACCUAAAAGCACAGGCCCUUUGUUCCUGGACUGCAAAGAAAGAUAACCACUUGAACUUCUCAAAACAUGAUAUCAUUACUGUCUUGGAGCAGCAAGAAAAUUGGUGGUUUGGGGAGGUGCAUGGAGGAAGAGGAUGGUUUCCAAAAUCUUACGUCAAAAUCAUCCCUGGGAGUGAAGUCAGGUGGGAAGAACCAGAAGCUUUGUAUGCAGCUGUAAACAAGAAACCUACCUCUGCAGCCUCUACAGUGGGAGAAGAGUAUAUUGCACUUUAUCCGUAUUCAAGUGCAGAACCUGGAGAUUUGACUUUCACUGAAGGUGAAGAAAUAUUGGUGACCCAGAAAGAUGGAGAAUGGUGGACAGGAAGUAUCGGAGAUAGAACUGGAAUUUUUCCAUCAAAUUACGUCAAACCAAAAGAUCACGAGGAUUUUGGGAGUGCUAGCAAAUCUGGAACAUCAAACAAGAAACCUGAGAUUGCUCAAGUAACUUCAGCAUAUGUGGCUUCUGGUUCUGAACAGCUUAGCCUUGCACCAGGACAGUUAAUAUUAAUUCUAAAGAAAAAUACAAGUGGCUGGUGGCAAGGGGAGUUACAGGCCAGAGGAAAAAAGCGACAGAAGGGAUGGUUCCCUGCCAGCCAUGUUAAACUUUUGGGUCCAAGCAGUGAAAGAACUACACCUGCCUUUCAUCCUGUGUGUCAGGUGAUCGCCAUGUAUGACUAUAUAGCAAAUAAUGAGGAUGAGCUAAAUUUCUCCAAGGGGCAACUUAUUAAUGUUUUGAACAAAGAUGAUCCUGACUGGUGGCAAGGAGAAAUCAAUGGGGUGACUGGUCUCUUUCCUUCAAAUUAUGUUAAGAUGACAACAGACACGGAUCCAAGUCAGCAGUGGUGUGCAGAUCUCCAAACCCUGGACACCAUGCAGCCAGUGGAGAGGAAAAGGCAGGGCUACAUCCAUGAGCUGAUGGAGACUGAGGAGCGGUACGUGGAUGACCUUCAGCUCGUCGUGGAGGUUUUUCAGAAACGAAUGGCAGAACCAGGUUUUCUCACUGAAGGAGAAACGGCCUUGAUCUUUGUUAACUGGAAGGAGCUCAUCAUGUCGAACACGAAGCUGCUGAAGGCCUUGCGAGUACGGAAGAAGACCGGGGGUGAGAAGAUGCCCGUGCAGAUGAUUGGGGACAUCCUGGCAGCUGAGCUGUCCCACAUGCAGGCUUACAUCCGGUUCUGCAGCUGUCAGCUGAAUGGAGCAGCUCUUUUACAGCAGAAGACAGAUGAACACGCAGACUUCAAAGAAUUUUUAAAGAGGCUGGCAUCUGACCCUCGAUGUAAAGGAAUGCCCCUUUCCAGCUUCCUGCUGAAGCCCAUGCAGAGGAUCACCCGCUACCCCCUCCUCAUCAGAAGUAUUCUGGAGAACACCCCAGAAAAUCACGUAGACCACUCCCCUCUGAAGCUGGCCCUCGAGCGGGCAGAGGAGCUCUGCUCGCAAGUUAAUGAAGGAGUUCGGGAGAAGGAAAAUUCAGACCGACUGGAGUGGAUCCAGACUCACGUGCAGUGUGAAGGUCUCGCGGAGCAACUUGUUUUCAACUCCCUCACCAACUGCCUGGGACCCCGCAAGCUCCUGCACAGCGGAAAGCUGUACAAGACCAAGAGCAACAAGGAGCUGCACGGGUUCCUCUUCAAUGACUUCCUGCUUCUCACCUACAUGGUCAAGCAGUUUGCUGUUUCCUCGGGCUCCGAGAAACUUUUCAGCUCUAAGUCCAAUGUUCAAUUCAAAAUGUAUAAAAUGCCCAUUUUCCUGAAUGAAGCCUUGGUGAAACUGCCCACAGACCCUUCCAGCGAUGAGCCUGUCUUCCACAUUUCUCACAUUGACCGGGUCUACACCCUCCGAACAGACAACAUUAAUGAGAGGACGGCCUGGGUCCAGAAGAUCAAGGCGGCAUCUGAGCAGUACAUCGACACCGAAAAGAAGAAACGGGAGAAGGCUUAUCAAGCUCGCUCUCAAAAGUCUUCAGGCAUCGGGCGUCUGAUGGUGCAUGUCAUUGAAGCUACAGAACUAAAAGCCUGUAAACCAAAUGGAAAGAGCAAUCCAUACUGUGAAAUCAGCAUGGGCUCCCAGAGCUACACCACCAGAACCCUUCAGGACACACUAAAUCCCAAGUGGAAUUUUAACUGCCAGUUCUUUAUUAAGGAUCUUUAUCAGGAUGUGCUGUGUCUUACCAUGUUCGACAGAGACCAGUUUUCACCAGAUGAUUUCCUGGGUCGCACUGAAGUUCCAGUGGCAAAAAUUCGAACAGAACAGGAAAGCAAAGGCCCUACAACCCGCCGACUGCUGCUGCAUGAGGUCCCCACUGGGGAGGUCUGGGUGCGCUUUGACCUGCAGCUUUUUGAGCAAAAAACUCUCCUGUAGGGGCCUUAGGGAUCUGCCCACCAGGCUGGGGCUGGAGAAGAUAGCCGGUGCUGCCCCUGAGCUGGCGGAGCGUCGCGCCGCUUCAUCCAUCACAAGGCCACGCAUGCUGGGGCCUCUAUUUUAUCGCACACUAAAUCGCUAGCAAUCUAUGCAAACAUGACCUUCCCUAUAAAUAAACCAAACCCCAUAGCACAGUGCCUUGUAUUAGUGUUAACAUGUUCGGCUGUGUUUAGAUGCCAGGAUUUCCAUUUUCAGGGCUAUAAAAAGUAUUAUGUGGAAAUGAGGCAUCAGACCACCAGACGUUACCACUUGGUUGAAUGUGUCCACUGUGGGUGGUUUGGGUGACGCUGUAACCAUUUCACACCACGUGACCUCCGCUGGGUCACAGCCACUCAGGAGGUGAAGGACUGGGAAGAAAUGCAGCCUCAGCGUGGGAACAGCCUGAUUACGGAAAUAGUGUCCACUUGUGCACUGAAUAAAAACAGAAACUUGAUCAUUUUAUUCCUGAUUAGAUUUUAUCAUUCUCUGCUGAGACAAUAUAGUUUGAAAUCUAAG